AUUCGAUGUUUAGGAGCAUUCUGCACUGCAUUAUUUUGUUUGUUUCGGUAUAUUUUCCUGAAUUUUCGCAUUAAAACACACUAAAUACCUCCAAAAGCCCUUUCGCACACACAAUGGUGGUAAGGCAGUACAAUGAGGAGCUCAAAUACCUCGAAAAGAUCAACGCCCACAGUUGGCGGAUCAAGAAAGGGUUUCAGCCUAACAUGAACGUUGAGGGGGUGUUUUACGUAAACAGUACGCUUGAGAAGCUGAUGCUGGAGGAGCUGCGGAACUCGUGCCGGCCGGGCAUGACCGGGGGGUUCCUGCCGGGGGUCAAGCAGAUCGCGAACGUGGCGGCGCUGCCCGGCAUCGUCGGCCGCUCCGUCGGGCUGCCCGACGUACACUCGGGCUAUGGGUUUGCUAUUGGGAACAUGGCAGCCUUCGACAUGGAUGAUCCUAAGUCCAUAGUGUCACCGGGUGGAGUGGGCUUUGACAUCAACUGUGGUGUGCGUCUCCUCCGGACUAAUUUAGAUGAGAAAGAUGUGCUUCCUAUCAAAGAACAACUAGCACAAAGUCUCUUUGACCACAUACCAGUCGGAGUUGGGUCCAAAGGCAUCAUCCCCAUGAAUGCCAGAGACCUUGAGGAAGCCCUGGAGAUGGGCAUAGACUGGUCCCUACGGGAGGGCUAUGUGUGGGCUGAGGACAAGGAACAUUGUGAGGAGUAUGGCAGGAUGCUGAAUGCAGAUCCAUCUAAAGUGAGCCUCAGAGCUAAGAAGCGAGGACUGCCCCAACUUGGCACACUUGGAGCCGGCAACCACUAUGCUGAAAUACAAAUAGUUGAUGAGAUCUUUGACAAAUAUGCAGCAAAGGAAAUGGGUAUUGACAGACUGGGGCAAGUGUGUGUCAUGAUUCACUCUGGCAGCCGAGGGUUUGGUCACCAGGUGGCCACUGAUGCUCUGGUGCAAAUGGAGAAAGCUAUGAAAAGGGAUCAGAUAGAGACAAAUGACAGACAGCUGGCCUGUGCGAGGAUCAACUCAGUGGAGGGACAGGACUACCUGAAGGCCAUGGCGGCUGCGGCCAACUUUGCCUGGGUCAACAGAAGCUCCAUGACAUUCUUAACCCGCCAGGCUUUUGCCAAGCAGUUCAAGACUACUCCAGAUGAUCUGGAUAUGCAUGUCAUCUAUGAUGUCUCCCACAAUAUUGCCAAAAUUGAGGAGCAUGUAGUUGAUGGAAAGGUCAAAAAGCUGUUAGUUCACAGGAAGGGUUCGACGCGCGCGUUCCCCCCGCACCACCCGCUGAUCCCGGUGGACUACCAGCUGACGGGGCAGCCGGUGCUCAUCGGCGGCACCAUGGGCACCUGCAGCUACGUGCUCACCGGCACGCACCAGGGCAUGACCGAGACCUUCGGCUCCACAUGCCAUGGCGCUGGCCGCGCCCUCUCCCGAGCGAAGUCCCGGCGGAACAUCGACUACAAAGACGUGCUGUCCAAGAUGGAGUCGCUCGGCAUCUCCAUCCGCGUGGCGUCGCCCAAGCUGGUGAUGGAGGAGGCGCCCGAGUCCUACAAGAACGUGACCGACGUGGUGGACACGUGCCACGCGGCCGGCAUCAGCAAGAAGACGGUUAAAUUACGACCUAUUGCUGUGAUCAAGGGUUAAUGAGCCAGUGUUUAUACCCUGAUUACAC